UUUCUUUAAAAUUUAAACUGUCUGAAGCCAUUUAGUAAACAAAAAAAUAGUUCAUGCAUACAUACAUUGUAUUAAAAUUAACUAGUGGGUUAUGCUUUACUCACUGAUCAUUUGAAAGACUUAAAAUAUUUGUCAUAUUUGAAGAGCAUACUGCUUAAAAAACCUAAAGAUAUAUUUAAGUAGAACUUUCUUCCUUGAAUAAGUUUGUUUGGCCAGUAUACUGAUCAUGUUCUGCCCAGUUCACAAACCCCAAAAGACCAGGAAUAAACAGACUCCGCUGUAAAUACAUGAGGUUCUUUUUAUUGUAAAUUACAAGCUGCAGCUUGGGCCCACACACCCCCACCACCGAAUUGGUGGGAGCUGAUCAUGCUGCGCCCAGGUUAGUUGGGAGAUAUAUAGAUUCUGGUCCCAGCAUGCUCAAGGCAGGGGCAAUUCCUGCCUGGCAAGCAUCUAUUGGUCAAAAUGCUACAUUUUGAAUUGAUUGACUAUAGGAAGGUCCCCAGACAAUAAUGACCGGUGUCCCUCCCUAGGGGGACGGGCCAGUUUCCUAGCAACUGUUAUCUCUAGUGGGUGGGGAAAGAAUGCAGUAAGGUGGUCCUUCCCCUCAGGGCAUUACUAGACUUCUCCACCCACAUAGUUCAGGCCUUAAUUAAUAAUAGCUGCUAAUUUUUAAUCUUUUUGGUCUCUCAAUCAAAGUUAUAGUUACAUAGUUGUAAUUGAUGAACGUCUAUAAGCAUAUCUUUUUUCAGAAUUGAAAAAUAUUUUCUAGGGAAAAGAUACUUUAAAAAACAUCUCAAGAGAAAAUUGGGAGAUGAGAAAAAAGUAUGCUUAUAAUCCCAGCACUCUGGGAAGCAGAGGCAGGUGGAUCGCUGUGAGUUUGAGGCCAGCCUGGUCUACAUAGCACGUCCAAAACAGCCAAUGCUACACAGAGAAACCCUGUCUUGAAAAACAAAUCAAUCAAUCAAACAAAAAUAUUUGUAUCAAAUGAAGCAAAGGAAAAUACAAGCAUCAUAGAUAUAUUCCCUGAACAUGCAGAAUUUCUUGAUUAAUCUGCCCUGGUAAAGGCCCAAGCAUAGAAAGAGUAGAAAGCAUACAAAGUAACAUUUUAACUCUUAAUGAAGAUACCUUAAAAACAUCAGAUAAAUCAAGAUUUAGGUGUGGUUCAGUUUUGUGCAUCUUAUGAGAAUCUAAAUUCUACAACUAUGGCUUUGACAACUUCAAAUUCAGAAGACAUCAUUACCAAUCAUCUUGUUAACCCAAACUUUAUAAAUAAUUCCAUGGAAACGUCAGGUAAGGAAAAUUCAUUCCUCUUCAGCACAGAAAGAAUUAGCAUAAAUAACAAAUCUUCUAUUGCCAUUUUUAUACCCACAGAAAAUUCUAAACCUGUAGUUAAUUCUUUUAGACCAGCUCCCAAGGAAAUCAUAGAGAUAGAAGACAGAGACAUUGAAGACUUAUAUAAGGAUGUAGACCACAGUGCUGAUGUUUUAAAAAUUAAAUAUUCAUACUGCAAGCUAGACACAAGUAAGGAACAUCUUUGGCAAAAAAAAUCUAACCUACACACUCAAAGUGGAAUAUUAAACUCUAGGAACAAGUCUUUGGAAGCUCUUAUAAACCAGUUACCACAGAACUGGCUAUAUGAAGGAAAUGUCACGGUAGUAGAGAACUAUUUUACAAUGUAUGAAGUCAGUAUGGUAUAAAGAAGUUUUUAAAGCUAGGAUUUUUGCUUAACCUUUUUCCAUCUAAAUCAAAUCGUGUACAGUGAACUUUGUCCUAUAGAUAAAGUUCUUUGAAGCUAUUGAGAGACCAAAAGAUUAAAAAUUAGCAGCUAUUAUUUAAGGCCUGAACUAGGUGGGUGGAGAAGUCCACUGGGCAGAACACUAUGAAAAUGCUCUAUUGUAACAAAAAGCAUCCUGUUCUUAAAAUGUUCAUCAUAAAAAGGGAAACCACAAGAAUUGUUUGGCUGAAUAAAGUUUUAUUACUUUAUAAUUUUCUUACUAUAGUUAAAACUAUAAGACUUAUUUAUAAAAUAAUAUACAUCAGUCCUGGUUAUACUACUGGCAUAAGACUUGACCAAGCUAGUAUCUUGACCUUCAGAGGGCUGGGGCUAGAGCUCUGAAAUAAAGCUCUUGCCUGGGUUGUACAAGGUCUUGAGGCAGAGGGUGGGUGGGGAGAACAAUCCCCAGUCUUGGAAGGAAAAGGGGACCUCAGUCUCUAAUCUGUAAAACAAGGGCAUUUACUAUGUCAUUAAUUGUAGAAUAAUUUUAAUUAAGAACAUGGCUAAUCUGGCAAGAGAUCACAUCCAAAGACCUAGGUCUGUGUGAUCCCACUGGAAUGCAGACAUGUUGGGUGGUGGUGGCACACACUUUUAAUCCCAGGACACAGUGGCAGGCAGAUCUGUAAAAUCAAGGCCAGCCUGGUAUAGAGAGCAAGUUUCAGGAAAAAAACAUU